UGAAAAUACAUAGAAAAAAUGAACUUCAAUAACUUCAUCUCUCCUUCAACGAAUGUCUCCAACUUGGUGGAGAACAUAACCAACAGAAACUUGGAGUAGAAAGUGAAAACUCUGCCUGCUCUCUGGAAACAAGAAAUGCCUGUAAGAAAACUCAAAAGAGCCGCGCCAAAUAAUAGCGGCCCUUCUCGACGACGACGGUUGAAGAAGUCCUCCUCUCCAGACGGAUCCAGCAUGGUGUUCUUCAGCAUAAUGCUUCCAAGUGUCAUGGAGAAGAAGAAGCUCAAGCUUCCAGUGAAGUUUGUGAGAAGAUAUGGUAGGCAACUGGGCGGGAAUAUGGCUCAACUCCACUUGCCAAACGGCAGCGUUUGGAGCGUUGGUGUAUCCAGAGGCAGGGGAACUAGGAUUCAGGACAUCUUGCUCGACAAAGGUUGGGCAAGUUUCAUGGAUAAGAACUCUGUCUCGCUGCAUUAUUUCCUCACUUUCAAAUACGUUAGGGAGUCGAUCUUCCAUGUCCGGAUAUACGACUUGACCACCUGUGAGAUCCCCUACCCACCAAUUCAUGAUCCUACCGACAACAACGGCGGCGAAUCAUCUGUCAUUUACCUCGGCUCCACGAAAUCGGAAGAUAAUGAUGAUGACGAUAAUGUGGUUGAUGAGGCUCUAGAUUCGCGUGGUGAAGAGGAAUGGGUUCCAAUCUUGAAUGAACUAGAAGCUAGAGAAAUCUACGUGAGCUGGAAGUUCUCUAGUACGUUCAGGAAGAUGUCAGAAGCAAGCAAGAAGGCGCUGCGCGAGGCAAUAAAGAACAAGCUCGAAGACGGUCCUUCGUUCGUUGCUGUAAUCAUGUCCCGUGGACGUCAUAAUCUGAUUGUACCAACCGGAUUUGUGAAACAGAACCUGACCGGGGAUGGCGAGGCUGUGAUUCUGAAGGAGGUUUCAGGAGGAGGGAAAUGGGUUGUUGAAGCCAGUUUUGGUGGUGACGGGAUGUUCAGGCUGCUGGGAGAAGAAUGGCAGAGGUUUUACCAUGAGAACAAUUUGGAAGCAGGGGAUUUGUGCCUUUUUCAGCUGAUGCCAAAGGAGAAGGUUGAGUUUCUGGUUUCAAUCUACAGGGCCUCUCCGUUUGGAGGGUAGUCAAGUUUGAAGGUGAUCGGUUGGGGUUGAAGUUCAUUUUGGGGUUAGGAAAAUGUAGUGCUUUGACUCUCUGUUGAACUUGGGACGAUGGUGAUUAGUAAGGUCUUUUUUGGGGUUUGGAACCUCUGUUCGAUGAGGUCUGGUUUAUUGCCUUUGUCAGUAAGGUCUGGGGUGGUUUUAAACGUUGUGUCUAUGAUGAUGAUUUUCUUUUCAUAAUUAAGGUGUUUGAAAAUUACCAAGAUUGUCAAACCGGUUUACAA